UUUUCCAAUUCACAUAAAAAGAGACGAAAGAAAAAAUAAAUAACAAUAAUAAUAAUGAUAAUAAUAAAAAAUUCACUGAACGUAUUUUCUGCUCUCUACGUUUGUUUGGUGUCUGUUUUGUUUAAUUCGUUUUCUUGGAGAGUGUUGAGGUGAGAAUUGGAAAGGGAAGGGAGGAUUUAGGAAAGUUUGCAAGGUUUUAGUUUGAUCUGAUUUUAUUACUAUGGUUUAGAUCUGUUGUUUUUGUAACUCCAUAUUGCGAAGGAGAUUACUUGAUAGUUUGGCGUUUGUGUGGAGAGAUGAAGCGGUUGCGGGAUGAGGCGUAUAUGAACCCGCAGUUGAAGCGGCCGCAUACUUCUUCGUCUUCUUCUCGCGGGGAACUGUAUGGGUCAUCACAUGCUCCAGCAGGCAGUGGCGGUCGUGUUAGUGGAGACGAAGCUGGUGCCAGUGGUAAUAUUAAUGGUGGCAACACUGGGGUGGGGGCUACCAGUGGAGCUGUUGCUGCUGGUAGUACACAUAAGCUCACUACCAAUGAUGCCUUGAGUUAUUUGAAACAAGUAAAGGACAUGUUUCAAGAUCAAAGGAACAAAUAUGAUAGGUUCCUUGAUGUCAUGAAAGAUUUCAAGGCUCAAAGAAUUGAUACCACUGGUGUCAUAGGGAGGGUGAAAGAAUUAUUUAAUGGACAUCCUAAUCUCAUCCUUGGGUUUAACACAUUCUUGCCUAAGGGUUAUGAAAUUACCCUCACUGAUGGGGAAGGGGCUCCACCGAAAAGGACAGUUGAGUUUGAGGAGGCUAUUAGUUUUGUCAAUAGAAUCAAGAAACGCUUUCAAAAUGAUGAUCGUGUUUACAAAUCAUUCCUAGACAUCUUGAAUAUGUACAGAGAGGAACACAAGAGUAUAACUGAGGUGUUCCAGGAGGUUGCAACUCUUUUUAAUGACCAUCAAGAUCUUCUUGAUGAGUUCACUAGGUUUUUGCCUGAUGCUUCAGCUACAGCUACAGCUUCUGCCCCUCAUGUGUCGAUCGGUCGUCACCCCUUUCAUGCUAUUGAUGGGGGGAGCUCUGCCUUGCCUGCAUCGAGGCAGUCUCAAAUAGAUAAGCAACAACUGAGGAAGGACAGGAUCAUUGAACCCAAUGGAAAAAGAGAUUUUAACAUUGAACAGACAGAUAUGGAUGGUGAUAAAAAAGUUACAAAGCUUCACAAGGAGCACAAGAAGGAUAGUGACAGGGAAAAUCAGGAUAGGAGAAUAUCUGAUAAGGAUGAUAUAGACCCUGAAAAUAAUGGGGGCAUUGGCAUGCGAAGGCCCUGUGAAAAAAGGAACUCUGCUCAGAAAGCUGAAGACUGGGGAGGCACUUCCAAUAUGGCCACCUGUGAUGAUAACAAUGUUUUGAAGAGUAUGUGUAGCUAUGAGUUUUCAUUUUGUGAAAAAGUUAAAGAGAGGCUACAGAGUGCAGAUGAUUAUCAAGCAUUUUUAAAAUGUCUUCACAUUUACAGUACAGAGAUUAUUACUCGAACGGAAUUGCAGAGUUUGGUAGCUGAUUUACUCGGAAAGUAUCCAGAUCUUAUGAAGGAUUUUAAUGAUUUUUUGGAGCGCUGCGAACGUAUUGAUGGAUUUCUUGCUGGUGUUGUGGGCAAAAAAAAAAUAGGGAAUGAAGGGAAUUUGUCAAAAGGUGUAAGAAAAGAUGAAAAGGAGAAAGAAUCAAAGCAUGAGGUGGAAGGAGCGAAAGAGAAAAAUAGGCACAAUUUGAAAUACUGGGGAAAGUCUAUUCAUGAAAUUGAUCUAUCUACCUGGCAACGCUGCACUCCAAGUUAUCGGCUUCUUCCAGAUGAUUAUCCAGUAUCUUUAGCUAGCCAGAGGUCCGAUGUUGGUGCUCAAGUUCUAAAUGAUAAGUGGGUGUCUGUGACAUCUGGCAGUGAAGAUUAUUCUUUUAAACACAUGAGGAGAAAUCAAUAUGAAGAAAGCCUGUUUAGAUGUGAAGAUGACAGAUUUGAGCUAGACAUGUUGUUGGAGUCUGUGAGUUCAGCUGCCAAGGGAACUGAGGAACUCUUGAACAAUAUUAGUAGUAAUUCACGUGAUUCAGAUAGCUCAGUAAUGAUUGAGCGCCACUUGUCAGCUCUCAAUUUGAGAUUCAUUGAACGCCUGUAUGGUGACCAUGGCCUUGAUGUGGUAGAUAUUUUGCGUAAAAAUCCAACUCGGGCUUUGCGUAUUAUCUUAAUGAGAUUAAAGCAGAAGCAUGAGGAAUGGACCAAGUGUCGCUCUGAUUUUAACAAAGUUUGGGCUGAUGUAUAUUCUAGGAACCAUUACAAGUCACUUGAUCAUCGUAGCUUCUAUUUCAAGCAGCAAGAUUCGAAGAACUUGAGCACAAAGUCAUUAGUGGCAGAAAUCAAAGCAAUCAAAGAGAAAAGGCAGGAAGAGGAUGAUGAAUUUUGUAGUAUUGCUUCUGGAAGUGGGUUUUCAGUCAUUCCUAACUUCAAAUUUGAAUAUGCUGAUACUGAAGUACAUGAAGAUGUCUUUAAGAUUGUCAAGUACUCAUGUGAAGAGAUUGUCUCAACAAAUGAUCAGUUGAAUACACUUCUGAGGUUCUGGACUACAUUUUUUGAGCCGAUGUUGGGCCUUUAUUCACGGACGAAUGACUUAAAGAAUAGCGAAGAUGUCAGUGCCUCUAAAUGUCGAACAAUGGCAAACACCUCAGCAAGCAUGACAGAGAGCAAAAACACUCUCAAUGGUGAUGCUGCCAUCACAAACUUCAAACAAGCCAAGGCUAACUGUGAUGUUGAUCCAUCCCAGCAAUUGAUUAUCAGUAAUAAUGACUUCAUGAAUGUGGAUGCCUUGACAAAAGAAUUUGCUAUGACUUCUGUUGAAGGGGAAAGAUUAACCACCUCUGACAUACCUGUUUCUUCAAGUCAGGAUGAUUAUCAUGGGCAUGUCACAAAUUCUUCUCAAGUAUGUAACAGCAUGAUUGAGGAUGGUCAUGUGGCCAAGCCUAAUGGAAAAGAUUUGCUGUCCUUAGAGGGCAACGGAGAGACUUCAACAUCGAAUCAGUUAACAAAUGACAAGUUUCAAGGAGGGUCUAGAGUUUCUGAAUAUAAUGUGGAUUCAGCUGAUCCUUAUAAAAAUGAGAAAGAAGAGGGUGAGCUGUCCCCCAACGGUGAUUAUGAAGAUAACAUUGAUGCCUAUCAGGCCACUAGUUUUCAACCGCUUCCUGAGAACACUAGAAAUGAAAGGCUUGAAGAAAAUCAGAUGGAGAGUUGCAAAGAGGUUUGUGUGGAUCCUGCAGGUGAAAAUGAUGCAGAUAUUGAUGAUGACAGUGAUAACAGCUCGGAGGGUAGAAAAGAUGUUUCUGGAAGCGAGUCUGCUGCCAAUGAGUGUUUGCAGGAAGAGGAAGCAGCAGAAGAGGGAGAGGAAGAGGAUAACCUUGAUGGAAAAGCCCUGAUUGAAGCUGAGGCUGAGAUUACCAGUGAAGGUCAUUAUAAUGGUGGAGAUGGUGUCUCAGUUCCACAAUCUGCAAAAUUUUCAAUGACCUGUAAACCUCUGUCGAAGCAUGUUGUGUCACCAUUUUUAGGUGACGAGAAAAAGGAUUUAAGGGUUUUUUAUGGAAGUGACUCGUUUUAUGUGCUUUUUCGGCUGCAUCAGAUGCUUUAUGAGAGGAUAUUGUCAGCCAAGGAGAAUAUAGUAUCUGGUGAAGCAAAACAAGGAACCACGAAAGAUGAUAGUUCAGAUUCCUAUUCUAGGUUCAUGAGUGCACUUUUUAGUUUACUGGAUGGAUCUUCUGAUAAUUCAAAAUUUGAAGAUGAUUGUCGCUCAUUGAUUGGUAACCAGUCCUAUGUGCUAUUCACUUUGGAUAAAUUGAUAUAUAAGUUGAUCAAACAGCUCCAAACUGUUUCAACUGAUGAGAUGGACUGUAGGCUGAUUCAAUUGUAUGAAUAUGAAAAGUCUAGGAAGGCUGAGAAGUAUAUUGAUUCAGUUUAUUACGAUAACAUCCAUGUUCUCCUGCAUGAUGAGAAUGAGAACAUAUAUCGGUUCGAAUAUACAUCUAACCCUACCUGCUUAGCCAUUCGAUUGAUGGACAAUGGAAAGGAGAAGUCUGAAGUUGCAGCUUCAGUGGAUCCUAAUUUUUCCGCCUAUCUUAACAAUGAUUAUCUUUCAGUUGCUCAUGGAAUGGAAGAAUCUUCAGGGGUUAUGCUUAAGAGGAACAUGAGCAAGUAUGGUAAUCUUGAUUAUUACCCUGCUCUGUGUUUGGCUACACAAAAUGCGCGAAUCAUGAAUGGAUUGGAAUGUAAGAUGUCUUCUUCAUCAUCAAAGAUCUCAUAUGUCCUCGACACAGAGGAUAGCUAUAUUCAUCCCAGACGCAGAAUAAAGCAAUCAGCAGGGAAAUCCUCAGAGUCCCACCAAUCUACAAUGCAACGAUUCGCCAGUUCCUCGGUGCCUCUAUGAUGUAGGUUUGCCCCAGUUAGUGGAUUCCAUAGAGACAAAAUCACCAUGUCUCUCCAAAACCAAACUCUCCAUUGAAACUUGCAGAAUUCCUCCGGAAGCUGUCCGCUUUGGACAGAUUAGUCGAGAAGCAGUGGUCAGUCGGUACAGCAUCCAUUGUCAGUAUAGUAUGUCUGCGUCAAAGCCAGGUACCCUUGCCUAUACUAAUUUGUAGAGAGCCCAUAUGUUUCAUUUAGUUUCAAUACUCGAUAGGAUGACAAAAGUAUCCCGCCGCCGCCGACACUACAGGGUUGCUGCUGCUUUUAUUGUAUUUGCGAAGCUGAAAUGAUAUUAAAUAUGAUGCAGAUGGAGUGGUAAAGAGUUAAGGGUGAGUUGUAUAGCAGCAGGACUUGAACAACUUCUUCAAUCACAUUCACACCUUUAAUUUUUCUGUGUCA